UAUGUUUGAUUACAGCUUAUCUUUGUUAUUGCGUGUCAAAUCUUGAUUCAACACAAUAUACAAACGUGGUAUACGUGUUAUCUGUUAUUAGAUUAAAUAAUUUAUUCUUUAUUUAUAUCAAAUUACUUAUAUCUUGUUAUAAAUUAUUUUUAAUAAAAAAAUAGAGAAUCAGAAAAAUAAAUAAUAUACCUUCAAGUUAUUGACUAAAUAAUAUUGGAGUUGUUUAUGGAAUUUACAAAUUUGAAUUCAAACUCAUCUAAGAGUAGAAUUAAAUAAAUAAUAAAAACAGUAAUAAUCAAUAUUUGUCUUGGUUAGGCUCUUCUGUUGUUUCGGAUUCGUGGCCCAGAAUUUCUGUUUAAGUCAUCAUCUCAUUCAUGGUCUCCUCUUCUCCACCUUAACUUAGUUUUCUAUGGAUUUCUAUAUCCUAGCAGAGCAGUAAUGAUUAUGCUUCAGUUCCAGACCUCUGAAGCAGUGAAUCCUUAUGUUUUGCUUUUCAAUGAUAAUCAAAAGGAAGAAACGUUGUCUACAAUUAGUUUCAGUUUGAGUCUUUACAGUUGGAGGAAGAAUGGGUUGCUUCUUAUUUGUGGCAUAUAAUUUGGAAAUGUCUUAAGUAAUGAAUCUAUAUCCAUUUACGAAGGCAUUGAUAUAAAUCUUUGCAGAUUCAUUGGCAACUUCAUUGUCUUAUUCCCAAACAACUUGGGGGUUGCCAUGUGAUCCAUUUUCUUAAAUUCCAGCUCAAAUUAGGGCUCUAAAUUGGGAAAGAUCUCACCCUUUCAAACAUUUUCGGAGCCCAUUUGAUGGCCAUGACAUGAGCAGCUAGCCAAGCAAAUCUCUGGCUCUCUCUCUCAUCUCAUGCACACAACGUGAGACCAUAAGCCUCCCAGAAAAAGGUCCUCAAAAAACAGAGGCCUUUUUUCUUUCUUGAAAUAUCAUAGAAAAAACAGUUUGCUCACACAACUUGCACCUAAACAAUAGGGUUUGCAAUUGCAAAAGUUAAAGUUUCACUUGUAUGGGCACAAAGCAAAAGAAGCAUCCUCUUCCUAAUCACGUAGUUGGCGAUAACCACCCCCAUAUAACACGCGUCGCCAUUGGUCCUACCAUGUAAGAAAAACAUGAACUCCUCAGCUCCUUCAAGCUCCCCUUCUUUUAGACAUACACACAAACACUUACACUCCAUAUUCAUACAUAUAUAUAUAAAUCCAUAUCUCCUUGGCCUUCCCUUGUUAAUUUUCUUGUGCAGCUAGAUAAUGCGGCUACUCAAUGGUUUAGUAGCUAUCUUGCUUAUAUUGGUGCUCUCUUUUUUCUCGAGAGGAGACGGUGCGGUGGAGCAAAAUUUGACCACUGGCACUUCAUCUUUGUCUCCAUGGCUCAAGAAAGUAGCAAUAUACCACCACCACCACCCUCACCCUCACCCUCACCCUCAUCCCCGUCGUCACCCGCGACCUCUAGGUGGGUGCAGGAGCCAGCCUUGGAUAUGCAGAGAGAGAAACCCUCGGCCUAAUGCUCGAAUGAUGUGUUGCAGAAAUAAGUGUGUUGAUGUGUCUUCUGAUGUUAAUAACUGUGGUUUUUGUGGAAUUACAUGUCCUUUUAGUUGGCUAUGUUGUCGUGGAUUUUGCAUUGAUGUCAAUAUUAGUCCUUUCCAUUGUGGCAGCUGUCGAAAUAGAUGCCCCUGGGGCGUCCGCUGUGUGUUUGGGAUUUGUGGAUAUUCUGAGCCCGAGCCCAAGCCCAAGCCCAUCCCUGAGCCCGAACCAGAGCCUGAGCCUGAGCCAGAACCAGAACCAGAGCCUGAGCCUGAGCCUGAACCUCAACCUCAACCUGAACCUGAGCCUGAGCCUGAGCCUGAGCCUGAGCCCGAGCCCGAGCCCCAACCUUUGCCUCCAUGGCAUCCUCGCCCUCGAGUCCCAUUUCCUCCUAAACUGCAGCCACGGCCACGGCCGCAGCCACGGCCACUGCCACGGCCCCGGCCACGCCAUCCUCCUGAAGGCGACAAUGGAGUGGCAGGAAAUGGAACGAAUCCAAGUUCUUGAAAUUGGUUGACUAAUCUUGUUGUUUUAGAUGAUAGCUAGCGCAUCUCUUCUUGUUUUAUGUUUUAGGAUAUUUUGAGAAAAUAAAAUGUUGGGUUUGUGGUGUUUUCUAAUGUAAUCUUGUGACUUAUCUCCUCAACUAUAUUAUGAAAAUAAUAACAAUGCCUUUCGAUUUACAAUC